GUGAGCAAAACUAACUCCCUUCGCGACCGAACGCUUCCAUGGUUUUGGGAAAUUUCUCAGCUCAUCUUCUGCUUCGUUGAUUAUUAUCGUAAUUAUAUCAGGAAGGCAAACAGCUUUGGAGGAAACGGACGAUCAUCAAUGACAACUCCAUUGUAUUUACCUGAAUGAUUCAAAUGCUCAUCUUGAAUGUUAAAUACUGCAGCUCACUUUCAUUACAAUGAUGGACCCGUCUCCUCAAUCCUACAUGCUUGCUAAUCUGACUCAUCCACAUUCUGAGCAGUUACUGCAAGGAUUGAAUCUUCUUCGGCAGCAUCGUGAACUCUGUGACAUCAUCCUCAGGGUUGGUGAUGUCAAGAUCCAUGCCCAUAAGGUGGUGCUGGCAAGCAUCAGUCCAUACUUCAAAGCCAUGUUUACUGGGAAUCUUUCAGAAAAUGAAAAUUCUGAGGUUGAGUUCCAGUGUAUUGAUGAAACUGCUUUGCAGGCCAUUGUAGAAUAUGCAUAUACAGGAACCAUAUUCAUUUCACAAGAUACAGUGGAAUCUUUACUACCAGCUGCAAAUUUACUUCAAAUUAAGCUAGUAUUGAAGGAAUGUUGUACAUUCCUUGAAAGCCAGCUUGAUCCUGGUAAUUGCAUUGGCAUUUCCCGAUUUGCUGAAACUUAUGGUUGCCAUGACUUGUACCUUGCUGCCAACAAGUACAUUUGUCAGAAUUUUGAAGAGGUAUGUCAGACAGAGGAGUUCUUUGAACUGAAUCACACUGAACUAGAUGAAAUAAUUUCAAAUGACUGUCUGAAUGUUGUGACUGAAGAGUCUGUUUUUUAUGCUUUGGAGGCGUGGAUUAAAUAUGAUGUACAAGAAAGACAAAAAUAUCUGGCACAGCUAUUGCACUGUGUGCGAUUGCCAUUGCUAAGUGUGAAGUUUUUAACAAGAUUAUAUGAAGCAAACCAGUUAAUUCGUGAUGAGCAUACCUGCAAGCACCUUCUAAAUGAAGCACUUAAGUAUCAUUUUAUGCCAGAGCACAGAUUUUCUCAUCAUACUGAGUUAUCAACACGGCCACGUUGUGCUCCCAAAGUACUGUGUGCUGUUGGUGGAAAAACUGGACUGUUUGCUACAUUAGACAGUGUGGAGAUGUACUUCCCGCAGACAGACUCCUGGACAGGUCUGGCACCACUUAGUAGUCCACGCUAUGAAUGUGGAGUUGCUGUUGUCGAUCAGAAGCUUUAUGUGGUCGGAGGAAUUGCAACCCACAUUCAGCAAGGCAUUAAUUAUCGGAAACACGAGAAUUUGGUAGAAGGUUGGAAUCCGGAGACCAACAAAUGGACAGCUGUAGAAAGAAUGAAUGAGUGUCGAAGCACUCUUGGAGUGGCUGUAUUAGCUGGUGAACUGUAUGCAUUAGGUGGUUAUGAUGGGGAAAACUAUUUGCAAUCUGUGGAGAAAUACACUCCUAAAAUCAAAAAGUGGCAGCCAGUUGCACCUAUGGGAAAAAGUCGAAGCUGUUUUGCAGCUGCAGUUUUAGAUGGAAUGAUAUAUGCUAUAGGUGGAUAUGGCCCUGCUCACAUGAACAGCGUGGAGCGUUAUGAUCCAAGCAAAGAUUCCUGGGAGAUGGUUGCUCCAAUGGCUGAUAAAAGAAUUAACUUUGGUGUUGGUUCUAUGCUUGGAUUCAUCUUUGUUGUUGGUGGACACAAUGGUGUGUCGCACUUGCAAAGUGUUGAGAGGUAUGAACCCCAUCAAAAUCAAUGGACGUUAUGCAGGCCGAUGAGUGAUCCCAGAACAGGAGUUGGUGCGGCUAUCAUAGACAACUACCUCUAUGUGGUGGGAGGUCACUCAGGAUCAUCAUACCUGAACAUGGUGCAGAGGUAUGACCCAGCCUUAGAUACCUGGUCAGAUUUUGCUGGUAUGUUAUCAUGUCGAUGCAACUUUGGGCUGACUGCAUUUUGAUAGUUGAUUUGAUUACGAAGGAUAUACUGAGGUAAUUAACCCUGCAUGACAAGAUGACCAAUUGUACUGAGACUGCAGCCCCACAAUUUGUUGAAUUUUACGAACUUUGGCUGCUUCUGUUGGUUUUUACUGUGCAGAGUUUAUGUUUUCGAAUGAAUUCAUUUAUAUUUGUACCUACAUAUGGGGAAGAAACACUGAUGCCUGAAACAGCCAGGGCUAACCAAAGCUCUAGCUUUUCCACCUUAUAAACAUUCCCCUCCAUGUUAACUAGCUGUUACCUCCAUACUUCGUCGUUUUAAUCAGAAAGGAUCACACAUUCAAAACCAGUAAUCAAUCCAUUGUAUGUAUGCAACUUGAAGAGUCCAUGUCUAUUUUUGUGAUACGUUGAUUGCGUUUAUCGUGUUCUAUUUGACAUCAGUGCUUCACACUAUGAAAAUUUGUACUUAAGGGCUGCAUACCUGUAACUCAAUUUUUGACUACGGUACAACUACCCACUGUGUGCUUGCUUGUAUUGUAUAAUGUGAUUUAUGUAAUUAGUAGGGUUGUAAUGAUCAGCUGAUAGUAAUAUGUAACUUGCUAUAAACAUUUGCGUAUGAUUGUUCCUUUGACAAUCUUCCAACUGAACCAUAAUGAGAUCGCCUGUUAAUAUUUGAUCUGUUAUUUGAAGGAACUAAAGGGAAAUGUAUAUUUAAAAAGGGAUCUUAAUUGGGUUAUGAAGUUGCAAUUGGUACUUUCAUAUCUUGAUAAUGAGUUUAUGAAGUUCUGAACAUGGUUACAAGCCUGUAUUCACAGGACAAAGCAUAGGAACAGUUUCUGGUUUAGGUAGUUACUUAAUGGACUUUUUGAGUAUGGACUUCAAUGAUUAUUUUAUUUGGCCAUUUUAUUUGGCUCUAAUGAGCAGGUUUUGGAUUUGUUGUUGUGAUCCUUUGUAAUAUUCUACAGCUGCUGUUGAGGGAGAAUAAUUAGAUUUAGCAACUGGUGCUAUCCUAGGAUUCAGGACCCCACAGAUAUUGCAUAUAUUUAUUUUGUAAUAUGUCAGUUCACAAAUUAUUUUGAAUAUUUUUAUCCAAUGAUUUUAUGAGUAAGUCUCUGAGCAAUCAAAUCUAAAGUGAAGGAAUAAUUUAUAGAUAUUUUUAAUCAACCUGUUCACAAAAGGUAUGAUACAUCUCUGGAGCAGGUGUGAUUUGAACCCAGGCCUUCUGGCCCAGAGGCAGAAACACUAUUACUGUGCCACAAGAGCCCUAGAAAUAGUUUAUAUAAUGAGUUUAUGAUAUUUUUGAAGACCCUCACCUUUGUGAAUAAACUCAAAUUGAAGCGAUUAACAUUGUAAAGGUGAAUUAAUAGUUCAGCUGUUCAUUGUCAUCUGCUUUUCAUAUGUGAUUUUCCCACUACCAAUGUGUGUGGACAUUUUUGUUAACUAACUUUGGUUGCCAAAAUUUAUGUUGACUGCUAAGUUACCUUUUAUACAAUUUCAAUGUCACUUUCCGUUCUCGUCUCAAAGCUACAGUAUCUUGUAGGAAAGACUUUUGUUCAGAAUUUACUUUUAAGCUGAUGUGCAGGUAAUUAUUGAAGCAUGUAAUGCAAGAAAAGUUAUGUGCAUUAACUGAGGUUUGAAAAGUCCUAGCAAAGGGAGCACACUUAUAGAAUUGACUGGUUCUCCCAAUGGAUUGUAAAUAACCAAACUGAUUUGGUGAGGGACAUCAAUGUAGUGAUUUUUAUUAUAGAUCCUUGUGAAUACAAAGUGCACAUGUUAAAACAUCACAACUAUCUCCAUAAAAUACUGCAGUUUUUUUCUGUACUCAUUGUGCAAAGAAUUUAUAUAAUUUUGGCAGAAGUUUAAUUAUAGCUACAGUUAGUGUUUUCACUGGAUCAGCAAUGUUUGUACACAAGGUAAGUCGUAUAUUUUUAGUUUUGAUUGGAGAAACCACUUGUUUUUGAGACUACAUGUCUGUGUACAUACAUUAGUGUUUCAGGUCUUAUUGAAUCAUCACGCUUGUUAAUUUCUAACUUUACCCUUUGGAAGCUUCUAGAAUUUGAGAGUAUGAAGGCUUCAAAUGUUUGCUAGUAUUUUGAAUAAAAUGGUGCAAUAA